AAACGGUCAACAUGAAUGAUGAAUAGGUGCUUAAAAACAGCCUGAUUGACAACUCUCUCAGCAGUAUUUACAAAUGACGUCAAUGGGACUAUAUUAUUUCCGUACGAAAACGAUACUUUUAUAUUUCAUUGCUGUGCCCGUGCAAGAUAACUCAUAGCUCGUGUGCUUUGUAAUUUGCUCCAAUUCUUGUCAUCCAAGGCAUUUCUAAGAAAAGAAAGCAACCAACUACAGACCAAUUUAACGUAAUUGUUUGCACAAAGAAUUCUAGAAGAUAGCUGGAUUCUACUGAUUUGCAACUUGAGCAACUCUGCAUUGAUUGAUUGCGUAKUGGCAAAACAAGGGAUUUUUACGAUCCUUCUAGUGUCUACUGCAAAUUUAUCAAUUCAUUUUGGCAAACAUGAAGAAGCGACGACGCUGUAGUAGUGGCGCAAGUCGGACUGGUCUUGUUAACGACCCUCCACGAACAAAGAAGUUCCUUGCAGAUGUCCUUCUUGUGUGUGAAUUACUUCUUUUUAUAACAUUAGCUACCCUUCAAGGGAAAAAAGGCCAAGCCCCAUUACAAGACAGACAAGAUUCAAGACCUAGAGCUAGUACAACUAGCACAAGUAGCACAGCAAGCAGAUAACAUAUCCAUUUACAGCCAUGGUCCAGGAAAGUCCAGAAGAUAUUGUGAUUACAGGUCUGGCCUGUAGAUUACCAGAGUCUGAUAAUGCUGAAGAGUUCUGGUCUCACUUAGUUAAUCAAGAAGAUAUGGUCACAGAGGAUGACCGCCGAUGGAAACCUGGACUGCAUGGCUUGCCAAAAAGAAAUGGCAAACUUAAAGACUUGAAACAUUUUGAUGCAUCAUUCUUUGGUGUUCAUGCUAAACAAGCCCAUAAAAUGGACCCUCAAUUACGUCUACUAUUAGAAAUUACUUAUGAAUCCCUUAUUGAUGCUGGUAUUGAUCCACAAAGUGUACGUAACUCAAGAACUGGUGUCUUUAUUGGUACCAGUGCCUCAGAAGCUGCUGAAGCAUUCAGCUCAAAUACUGAGGAAAUAGUUGGUUAUGGAAUGACUGGUUGCUGUCGUGCCAUGUUUGCCAAUCGUGUAUCAUUUGCCUUUGACUUCAAAGGUCCCAGUUUUGCCAUUGAUACAGCAUGUUCGUCUUCUCUUCUCGCUYUGGAUUGUGCUGUCCAAGCAAUCCRUUCAGGAGCCUGUGAUGCAGCUGUUGUUGGUGGAGUUAGUCUGUGCUUGAAGCCUAACACUUCUCUUGACUUUMUGCGCCUUAACAUGUUGUCACCUGAUGGUGCUUGUAAAUCAUUUGAUGAGAGUGGUAAUGGGUACUGCAGAUCAGAAGGUGCUGUAGCUAUCUACCUAGUCAAGAGACCUGCUGCCAAGAGAAUUUAUGCACAUGUUGUGAACUCCAAAAAUAAUUCUGAUGGUUACAAAAAUCAAGGUGUAACCUACCCCAGUGGUGCAGUUCAGAAAGAACUUCUUCAACAAGUUUAUUCAGAAGCCAAAGUGAACCCAGGUGAUGUUUCAUACAUAGAGGCUCAUGGUACAGGAACCAAAGCUGGUGACCCAGAAGAAGCCAAUGCCAUAACUGAUGUGUUUUGCACCUCAAGGACACCUGAAAACCCACUGUUGAUUGGCUCUGUAAAGUCCAAUAUGGGACAUCCUGAACCUGCUUCAGGCCUUGCUGGAGUUACUAAGGUUCUCUUAGCCAUGCAGCACGGUAUGCUUCCUGGAAACCUUCAUUACAAGAAACCAAAUCCUGACAUCCCUGCUCUAAUUGAUGGCAGGCUCAAGGUUGUCACUGAAGCUACUGAGUGGAAUGGAGGUCUUGUUGGAAUCAAUUCAUUUGGUUUUGGUGGCUCCAAUGUCCAUGUUAUUCUGAGAUCCCCCAGCUUUGCGGAAAACAACCAUAUAGAAGAACCCAGCAGAGUUUGUGUUCCCUUAUCAGGYCGCACAGAAGAAGCUAUUGACAGCCUUGCCAAAUUAGCCAAGGAAAAUAGCAACAAUGAUGGCUUGUUAUCCCUUCUGGCUGAUAUAUCUGCCACACCCACCAAUACCUUUCARUACCGUGGAUAUGCUGUUGUUGGUGGUGAAAACACUGUCAAGGAAACCAAAAAAGUYAAGACUGGAUAUCGCCCAAUAUGGUUUGUUUGUUCUGGAAUGGGUACCCAGUGGAAUGGAAUGGGUAAAAGCCUAAUGAACAUUCCUCAAUUCAAACAGUCUGUUGUAAAGUCUUCAAAGAUUCUGAAAGAAUAUGGACUUGAUGUUGAGAAGUUAAUCCUGGAUAGCAAUGAGGAUACUUACAAGAACACCAUCAACUCGUUUGUUGGCCUAGCUACAAUCCAAGUCGCUUUGAUAGACUGUCUUAAGUCUUUAGGUAUUGAGCCCGAUGGUAUUAUUGGUCAUAGUGUUGGAGAACUUGGCUGUGCAUAUGCUGAUGGCAGUUUCACUGCAGAAGAGGUAGUCAAGGCUGCUUACUGGAGAGGUCGUUGUGUAUCUGAAGCUAACCUUCCACCAGGAGCCAUGGCUGCAGUUGGUCUUACCUGGGAAGAAGCCAAGAAACGUUGUCCUCCUGGAGUACUUCCAGCUUGUCAUAAUGCUGAGGAUACAGUAACCAUUUCUGGUGAAGCAAACAUACUUGAAAAGUUUGUCAAGGAACUAAAAGAAGAAGGAACCUUUGCCAAAGCUGUCAACACGUCUGGUGUGGCUUUCCACUCUCACUACAUGGCCGCCAUUGCCCCUCAGCUGAAAGAGUCUUUAGUKAAAUUUAUUGUUCCAAAGAAGAGAUCCUCGAGAUGGCUCAGUACAUCAAUUCCUGAAGAGAAAUGGAGCAGUGAGCUUGCCCAGUACUCAUCAGCUGACUACCAUGUGAAUAACCUGGUCAGUCCAGUACUUUUCCAGGAAGCACUMAAAAAAAUCCCUGAAAACUCGAUUGUCAUCGAGGUUGCUCCUCACUGCUUGCUGCAAGCUGUCCUCAAAAGAUCUCUGAACAUGGAAACUGCUUGUAUUCCCCUAAUGAAAAGAAACCAUCCUGACAACCUGGAGUUUUUCCUAUCCAAUCUUGGAAAAAUUUAUAUGGAAGGCAGGAAUAUMGAUACGACUGCAUUGACCUGUGAGAAGAUAAUGCCAGUAAACUUGAGUACUCCAUCAAUCGCCCCGUAYAUGAAAUGGGAUCAUUCACAAGAAUGGGAUGUACCAUCAUCUGAUCAGUUCCUAUCCAGUGGUGGYAGUGGCUCCAUGAAUACAUCACAGUUUGUAAUUGAUAUGUCAUCCAAUGACAAGUACCUUGAAGGACAUUGUAUUGAUGGGAGAGUGCUCUUCCCUGCUACAGGCUACYUAGUCCUAGCAUGGAGGGCAUUAGCCAAGAGUACAGGACUUCUCCCAGAGCAUAUGCCUGUAGCCUUUGAAGACGUGCACAUACACCGUGCUACCAUCCUGCCCAAAACUGGAACUGUCACACUAACAGUUCACUUGAUGCCUGCAUCCAACAAAUUUGAUGUGUCAGAGGGUGACAGUCUGUCUGUCACAGGAAAAAUUUAUAUUCCUGAUCUACCAGUUCUGAGUACAAACUUCAUGGAAGCACCUCACAUUGAAGAAGAGGUCCACUUGACAUCUGAAUGUAUCUACAAAGAACUGAGACUCCGAGGAUACGACUAUGGACCAACAUUCCAGGGAAUAAAAGGCGCAAAUAGCACAGGUACUAAUGGUGAACUUACUUGGAACGAUAACUGGACAUCAUUCCUGGACACCAUGCUUCAAGUGUCAGUUCUCAGACUUCCGGGUCGUGGUCUUCGUCUUCCAACACGUAUUCGUUCUUUGAGGAUUGAUCCUUCGAUUCAUUUGGAUAUGGUGAAGGAUGGUGUGUGCGAAGUGAAAGUCGACCCACGAAUGGACAUGGUAGUAGCUGGCGGAGUCGAAAUGUCUGGUCUUCAUGCAUCUGUUGCUCCCAAAAGACAAGAUGGUCAGACAGCUGUUCUCGAGAAAUUCACCUUCACACCUUAUAUGGAUAAUGAGGAAACAGUGAAGCAAGAAGGGCUGGAGUUUCACGAUAUUCUUAGUCACGGUCCAUUGCUGAAGGUCAUGCUUGACAUUGUUAUCGAAAAUACUCGCUCAACCAAGCUUAACGUGUGUGAGAUAUCAUCAGUAGAGAAUCAAGUAUACUCUCGUGUUGUCCCACUCGUCAACCUUCAUCCAUUGAUGCAUCUUGACUAUAAAGCAACCGAUAAGAGCCAGGAGCUGCUGUCUAAAAUUGAGGAGUCUGCAGCAGAGAAAGGUGUUGAUGUCUUGACCUGGAACCCUUUGAAGACACCAAGUGGGAUUGGGAAAKUGGACCUUGUCAUCGCUASCAACUUAUUACAGUUCGCUGAAAACAUCCCUCUAGUGUUAAAACAUAUUAAGUCAAUACUAUCAGCACAGGGUUUCCUUCUCUUACACGAAAUGUCGUCCGAAUCAAAACUGGUACUGACACCAAUAAUGGAGRAAGCAGGUUUUGGAAUAGCAUCAUUCAAAUGUACAGUCGGUGGAACAAGCCUUGCUCUAUGUAGGUUAUACAAAGACAACAUUGAAGACACUCCAUCAGUGCUUGACAUMGAUGAUUCAUUUACAUGGGUACCAGACCUACAGAGCCACUUGAAUAAAGGAGAUGGGUCAACUGUAUGGCUACGAGCACGCAAAGAUCUGAAUUCYGGGAUCGUCGGGAUGACCAACUGUCUGCGACAAGAACCUUGUGGUGAUAGAAUYCGCUGCCUCUUUGAUGCUUCAAGUGGAGGGAAAAAGCUAGUUGAGGAUUUCGAGUCGAUCCGCAAGCUUGAUUUAGUGAUGAAUGUUUACAAGAAUGGUGGUUUUGGUAGCUAUCGCCACGUGCCCAGUGAAGAAUCCCUUAACCACGAGACGGAGCAUGCGUACGUUAAUGUUCUUACUCGAGGUGAUUUGUCGUCUCUUCGUUGGAUUGCUUCCCAUAUGAAGUACGCCCCUGGUAAAGAUGGAAAUACUGAACUUUGCUCGGUCCACUAUGCCUCCUUGAACUUUCGUGACAUCAUGUUAGCAACUGGAAAGCUGCCACCAGAUGCCCUUCCUGGCGACCUGGCACAGCAAGACUGUAUUCUUGGAAUGGAAUUCUCUGGUCGAAACCAUAGUGGGAAGCGUAUCAUGGGGCUUCUUCCUGCACAAGCACUGGCUACCACCGUGCUGGCCGAUCAGAGGUUUACCUGGGAGGUUCCUGAUAACUGGAGCCUUUUAGAAGCAGCUACUGUACCUGUUGUAUAUUCAACUGCCUACUAUGCACUGAUUGUUCGUGGUAAUCUGCGUCCAGGACAAUCUGUUCUUAUUCAUUCUGGUUCUGGUGGUGUAGGACAAGCAGCCAUUUCUAUCUGUCUUAACAUGGGCUGUGAAGUUUACACGACAGUAGGUUCCAAGGAAAAGAGAGAAUAUCUGCUGGCUACAUUUAGUCAGCUGAAAACCGAGAACAUAGGGAACUCACGUGAUCUGUCGUUUGAAACCAUGGUUAUGCAUGGCACCAGCGGUCGSGGUGUAGAUCUGGUACUAAACUCCCUUGCAGAAGAAAAGCUUCAGGCAAGUCUAAGGUGUUUGGCCAGACAUGGACGCUUCCUGGAAAUAGGCAAAUACGAUCUGUCCAACAAUACACCUCUUGGUAUGGCACUUUUCUUGAAGAACGUCUCGUUUCAUGGAAUACUUUUGGACGCCAUCUUUGAAGAGGACAAUCCAGAAUGGAAGCAAGUCUCAGAUCUUGUUACYGCUGGCAUUUCAUCAGGUGCAGUACGUCCUCUCAAGACGUCUCUCUUCGAUCGAGAUGAAAUCGAGCCAGCAUUUCGAUUCAUGGCUCAAGGAAAACACAUUGGUAAAGUUGUCAUUCAAGUCAAACCAGAGCACGAGUCUAGUUCUGUCGUCAAACUUUUCGCRCAUGCUCGUAGCAUGUGCGAUCCCAAGAAGAGUUACGUCAUUACUGGAGGACUGGGAGGCUUUGGGCUUGAGCUCGCGCACUGGUUGGUGGAACGAGGUGCAMGAAACUUGGUUCUUACAAGCAGAAGAGGUAUUCGUACUGGCUACCAAGCCCGUAGGGUCAGAGUAUGGCGUCAGCAAGGUGUACAAGUCACGAUCUCCACUAACGAUGUCGGUACAGAGGAAGGUGCUCGAGCCAUUAUCAAAGAAGCCCAAGGACUUGGUAGACUGGGUGGAGUGUUUCAUCUUGCAGUGGUGUUACGAGACAGUCUCUUCGACAACCAGACACCAUCUACUUUCCAAGAAGUGUGCAAACCAAAGUACAAUGGUACCAUCUUCCUAGACAGACUCUCACGGCAAGAAGAAAUUUCUAAAGAUUUACACUGGUUUGUUGUGUUCUCGUCGGUGUCUAGUGGUCGCGGUAAUGCUGGUCAGUCAAACUACGGUUUUGCUAAUUCUGCCAUGGAACGUAUCUGUGAGCAACGAGUAAAUGAUGGUCUUCCUGGUCUGGCCAUCCAGUGGGGUGCUAUUGGUGAUGUUGGUUUGAUUCAGGAAACCAUGGGAGGGUCUAAUGAAACCGUCAUUGGAGGAACACUUCCACAGCGCAUGAGCAACUGUUUGUCAGUACUGGACAAGUUUUUAUCGCAGGCUCACCCAGUGAUGUCAAGCUUCGUACUGGCUGCUAAACACUCUAGCAAGGGUGAAAAAAGUUCAGGCAGUGAUCUCGUUGGUGCAGUGGCUCGCAUCCUUGGAGUUAGCGAUGUUGAAACCAUUAAUCCAGAUACAACCUUAGCAGACCUCGGUUUGGAUUCAUUAAUGGGUGUCGAGGUAAGACAAACCCUUGAACGAGACUACGACAUUCAGCUCGAAAUGAAAGAAGUUCGUCUUCUUACCAUCAACUCSCUACGUGACUUAUCCAAGAAAGACAACGAGCCAAUAGAAGCCAAGCAAGAUAAGAUAGAUACCGUAAUUGGUAACCAAGUCAUUCCUCAAUUUAACGACGAGACACUGAUUCAACUCAACUCUGUCAACAAUGGUCAAAAGCCGUUGUUCGUGGUUCAUAAUAUCAAUGGAUCCCUUGACCCUUUGAAGUCAUUAGCAAAGGCUUUGACCUGUCCUGUCAUUGGUCUACAGUAUACAAAGCAUGCACCACGUGACUCGAUCCAGUCUCUUGCGACAUUCUAUAUAAAAAAGAUCCGGGAAAUGSUCCCACAUGGUCCAUAUCGGCUGGCAGGAUACUCCUUUGGAGCAUGCGUCGUCUUAGAGAUGUCAAUUCACCUUGAGAAGACUAAAGAGAUGGAGAGUCUUGUUUUGAUGGACGGCUCACAGCAGUACGUAGCGGCUCACACCAUGUGGCAUAGAAAGAGACUGACAGUCGAAGAGGAUUCAUGGAAACCCGAGGCUGUGGCCGAGGCCCUUUGUAUCCUGGCCGGUCACUACGCGAAAAUCGACAAAAUCAWGUUGAUGCAAUCUAUCCAGUCAUUGUCAUCUAUUGAAAACCAGUUAAACGUAACAGUAGACGCCAUAGUCCAAGCCAACACAGCCAUUAACAGACAGGACCUUUUAGUCUACUUGACCUUCUUCUUGGAUCUACUGCGCAUGGGCGAACAGUAUAAACCCAACGCAAUGUAUCAUGGGAAUAUUAAUCUUAUCCGCGCCAAAACGACMGAUGAAAUGGGRAAAUCUCUAGGGGACGAUUUUGGAGUAGGAAAAAUAUGUACAGGGAACGUGGCAGUCAAGUGGGUUGAAGGUGAUCACGUCAGUUUUCUCCAAGGAAACGGCGCCGUUGAGGUAGCAAACAUGAUCAUGGCUGCACAAUCAUAAGUGAACAAUAACGUGAUACAUCACGCGAACAGUUUCAUAAAAACAGCACUUGUCAAUCACUGUGGCAAGAUUGAAUACAAGUUAUAACGUGCAUACGGAUGUAAAUGUAAAUAUGAACACAAAUUAACAAAGGGAGGAUUUAAAAUUUUAAUUAUCAACAAGAAGUCUUCAUAAAUUCCAAAAAAAGGAAAUAAAAUUACCAAUUGGUAUGUAAUAUAUAUAUGAAAUGUUUAGAUGAUAAAACAGAUGUUUUCUGU